AUGCAAGGCCCGAAUUCGAACAGAAACGAUGAAAUUGAAUUUGCGAAGUGGUGGAAAUUAGAAAGUCUAGAUCCACUAGAAAAUGUGCCACUUUCGGAUCGCUGGAAAUCUUAUACAGACUCCAUCAAACAAGACGAAGAUGGACAUUAUGUCGCACCGCUCCCAUGGAAUGAAAACAAACAAAGAGUGAGCAAGAAUGACGCCAUGGCAGAAGGUCAGGCAAGAGCGCUGAUGAAAAGGAUGGAGAAGGAUAACGAGAUGAUGACUUCAUACGAAGCUGAGUUCAGAAAACUGAAAGAACUUAGAUUCAUCUCUAAAGCAGACACCAAUUUUAAGGGUAUCUACACGAUUCUACCCCAUCACCCAGUUGUCCGUAAAGACAAAAUCACCAGCAAAGUGAGACCUGUUUUCAAUGGUUCUGCGAAGCCGAAAACAGGAUUCAGCGCCAACGACUGUCUCGAAGAAGGACCCAAUCUGAAUCCUGACAUUCUUGAUGUUAUCCUGACGUUUAGGCUAAAUCCAAUUGCCUGGACAGCUGAUAUCCGACAAGCAUUUUUAAUGGUAAAAUUGUUAAACGAGGACGCGGAAGCGUUAAGGUUCCUUUUAGAAGACGAAAACGUCCCAGGAACGCUGCAGACCUACAAAUGGAAUAGACUACCAUUUGGGCUAACAUGUAGCCCGGCAGUGCUCAGGACCGUCCUAAAGAAACACCUCGAGUCAUACAAAGGCGAACUAGCAGUAAGCAGUCGCCAAAUGUUACGGCAUCUAUAUGUAGACGACUACUUGUCAAAUGCGCCUACAUUAGAAGCAGCAAAGACCGUAAUCGGUACGGUACUCAAACUUUUUCAGACGCAAAGAUGGAAUUGA